AUGUUUAAUGAGCUCACAUCAUUACAAUUUCACUCUUUCGCACUCUGCUCGCUCGCCCUCUCGAGUCUGCCACCUCAGAAGGGGGCUCUCAAUCUCUGGAGCCGACGCCAACUGCAGCCCAACACAGACGCGAAACGUGUGGCUUUAGUUAUUCUUUCUGGCGCAAGGCGAAGCAAGUUAUUGCCGUCUAACACGCCAAAAACAUGUUUUCCACAGCACAGCCAGUUGAGUCGAGACGAUGGUAAUAUGUACCAGUUUGUGGAAGACACGAAAGUCGUCUGUGUCAAGCCUAACCUCAAUGCACCCCUCCUCGUCCACGCCCAUUCACACGUCCGCCCAGCUACAGAUCAAGCCAAAGAUGGACGCAUCUGCAAGGCAAGGACCAGCCUACAGAAGCGGCCUUUUCAGAUUCCCUUAAGUUGUGUUGAUAGGUGCUUUUACCUAUUCAUAUCACAAAGGCAUUCAAGGGCCUACUUUAUGCGCAAACUUUGUGUGUUGCACAACCGAUAA